AUGGAAGUUAUGUCUAAGGUUGGCUGCGAAUUGGCUGCUGCUUCUUCAGUCAACAAGAUAGAGAUAGUUAAAGUUGAAACGCUCACAAUACGUGGGAUUGCUGCCUUCAUCAACCGUGAGCCAGCUAAGAUUACCUACUUUGACUGCAUUUCCACAUUCUAUGAUGUCAAGCUUGGCACUGAGUGGUAUUACAUUGCUUGCAAGGAUUGUCAAACAAAGUUAAACCAGGGACCUACAACUUUCAAAUGUCCAAAAUGCAGAAAUGAAAAUGCUACAUCAAUAGCUAAUUUCUGGGUGGAAUUAUCCGUCUAUGAUAAUGAGGAGCAGUCCAUGUUCAUCAUUCUUGGAGAUGCUGGGAAAGAGCUGACAGGCAGAAGAGCAACAGAGCUAAUCGAUAAAUAUGCUGAGAAAAAUGGUGGCGAUGGUGCUGAGCAUGAGGUCCCACUACCACAAUGUUUCAUUGAUACCAUAGUACAAACACACAAAUUCAGGAUCAAGGUGGCCCACUUCAAUUUCACAUCGAAGAUGUCCUUGACUAUUACAAAAUUAGUCUCCCAGCAGUCCUACCUCCUAAAGACCGACCAGCUGAAAUGCCAGCUCUGCCUCCAGCCAGUGAGGUGGAUAUAUCAGUGGUGA